CAAGGAUCGAGCAAAGAUGCAGGGUUCGCCCUUAGUUAACUAGCUCCAAAGGCCGGGAUCUCCCCCCAAAAAGCGCGAUGCACAACUUGAGAAUUUGACCACACUCAGGCAGCGAGUUGACCAACUCUGCCAGAACAAUCUCUGCUGCCACACACUCUGGUGUUUUUCGAUCGCUUUUUCGCGGCUUCGAGCUUGUCACUCGCUUCGUGAUUCUUUGAUUCUCCGGCUCUUCACUCGACAACGACGACAAAAAGGAAUAUCGCCCGGUGAACGAUUUUUAAACCCGUCCCUGUCUUUAUUACUCCACCAAAGAGGCGCUCUUAUCCGAACGGCUAAUUCGUUGACCUGAGGUUUCUGCACGUGUCCAAUAACACUAGUUUAUAGAGACCAUGCCACCAGCAGGCACAAAGCAUUUAUUGGGCAAGGCUAGUUCGAAACACAUUGGCCAUGCGAUGGGACGCAAAUCACUGUUUGACCCGCUCCAUGCGGCAUCACCACGGAGCGCUAGGGCUGCGCAAAAGAAAUCGCCUCUUCCGCCUCCGACGGCCGCGCAAUCCUCGGAGCUGCCAUCUGCGCGGUCCGUGCGCCCCAAAAUGCUCACCCUGGCCGCUGUUGCGGUCUUCGCGUUUUCAACUUAUGGCACCUACCUAUUCGUGAGCUAUAAAAAAGCUGUCGAGGCGGCGAAAUCACUUGAUGUACCCCACGACCUCUCAGAUCGUUACGAUCAAUCCGCGCGAACAUAUGAUGCAGAAGUGGAGACGGCAGAGAUGCUUAUGCGACUGGGAAAACGGAGGAGAGAACUAAUUCAAAUGGCAAGAGGGAAUGUGUUGGAAGUCAGUUGCGGGACAGGUCGGAAUUUUGACUACUACACGCUGGGCGAGAAGAGAGCAGUGGAUGAGCAAGGGAAGGCAGCGAUUCGAGGUUGCAGAUCGGUCACGUUUGUGGACCAGAGCGGUGAAAUGGUUCAAGUUGCGCGGGAGAAGUUUGAGAAGAAGUACCCAGCGUUUAAGCAGGUUGCUUUCCGGGCGCAGGAUGCGAUGGAACCUAUUUCUCCUCCUCCGGGAACGACAAUAAAGAUACCGGUUGGGAUGAAGGAGCCAAAAUUCGAUACGGUCAUCGAAACGAUGGGGCUCUGUUCGACAGCCGACCCUGUGGCGUUUUUAAAGCAUCUUGGGGAAUUAACCGAGCCAGAAAAGGGGCAGAUUCUUCUAUUGGAACACGGUCGGUCAUACUAUGGUUGGUUGAAUAAGUUACUCGAUGAUCUUGCUCCCGCACACGCAGAUCAGCAUGGAUGCUGGUGGAAUAGAGACAUUGGGAGAAUUGUUGAGCAGAGUGGACUUGAAGUCGUGGAGUCUAAGAGAUGGCAUCUAGGCACGACUUGGAAAUACGUUUUGCGGCCGAAAAAGGAGACCGAGCGCGCGGAUAAAGAAACAGAUAUACAAAACCAGGACUAAGGACAAAGCUGCAGCGAGCGGCAAUUUGCUCUUUUGGCUUCAGAAGCAGUCAUGAUAUUGCUGUGGAUUGCAACUUGUACACUAUAGAGAUACAUGUAUGAUUAUGAGCGUAGACAAGCAUAUAGGCGUUGUGCAUUUCUAUACCCCUUUGAUUCGAGA